AAAAUGAAUAACAUUUAUUAAGAACUUUCCCACACAUUUCAAACAGCAAAACAGUGACAUCUUCAGCAACCAAACAGUCUCAGCGCGCUUGACUGCUCGGUAAACCAACCCAGAAAAGCAAUGCGCCUUCAUCCUCACAUCCUCCAUGUCUACCGAGAUCGGCGAGGACGCUCCGGCCAACCCUCAGGAUGGAGGAACAAGUAGAAGCCAUCAACAACCACCUAGCACCUCAGCUUCGCAUCCCCUAUCGGUUGCGCGUGGCCGUCGCUGACGUCUUCUUCUCAGAUGGUAGAGACGGUGAUGAUACUUGUUCCUGUCUUGUCUCCCUCAUCAUCUUGUGCUUCUUCGUGUCGUUGAUAUUGAUACUCGGCUUCUUUAGCUCUUUUGACCUCGUUCUGGGCCCUAACAGCUCUCGUCUUCUCCGAUCUAACUCGUUCUUGGUGCAGGAUGUCCAGGUGAAAGCUGUUUCAGGACCCAAGCAUGAGCUGAUGCUCUAUGGAUUUUCAGAUCCUCCACCGCUUGACAUCAAUGUCGCAUGGUCAGAAUCCCACGAUUCCUCAGUUCCUCCUAAUGCUCAAAAGGCGUGGGUAUAUUAUCUUAAUCAGGGUGCUCAUAUCAACAUCUCCUACAGUAUCACACCACAAGGCCUUUAUCCUCUGAUCUUAGUGAUCGCCCAAGGCAGAGAAAGCCUUAGCCGAUGGAUUGAAGAUCCAUCAGAUCCAAAUGUUACACUGUUUUGGAAGUUAAUUGAUGGAACUGGUAUCGUUCACCAGGAUAUUGUAGAACCCUCUGAUCACUACAUAGCAGUUGCUAACCUAAACCAGAUCAAAAUGGAGGUGCAAUUGCGUUUUGGAAUUCAGGCUCUUUUUUAUAAUACAUCAGGUGCAUACUUUAAAUGCUCACUGCACCACAAACAAUGUGAUUGGAAGCUGUUCUUUUUACAGGAAAACUCUGCAAUCUUGACCACAUCACAGGAUGAUGCUAAUAAUGAGUGGUACGUGAGACUGUCAUACGGACCACGCUGGAGUAGUUAUUUUAUUUGUUCAGGCGUGGUGACCCUAUCCAUUUUCAUGGUCUACAAGAUAGUUGUUACCUUACAAUCGAACUCUACUGGUGAAGGUACACCACAGGUGGCAGAGGGUGUAACAGAGACAACAUCGCUGCUCGCAGGUGAAGACAUUGAUGAUCAGAGCUUGGGUUCUUCAUAUGAUUCAGUUUCCAAUGAUGAAGAAACUGACCAACUCACGGCAUUAUACUUGCCGAUAGAUGGUGAGAGUGAAAAGCACCAAUGCCUUUGUAUGAUCUGUGGUAAUGCUCAGAAGGACUGCUUCUUCCUCCCUUGUGGCCAUUGUGCAACAUGUUUCACUUGUGGAAAUAGGUUACUGAAUAAUGGUGACACUUGCCCUGUCUGCCAGAGGAAUACAAAGAAAUUGAGGAAAAUUUUCUCAGCUUGAAGUGCACAGUGCACCGUUGGAGAAGAAAUGAUGUGCAUGGCAAGAGAGAUUUAUUAUUAUUAGUGUUUCUUUUGUGUACUUGAUAUGGGUGUCCAGCAUUGUUUAGCAUAGUGUUUUUGCUGGUGGAAUCAGAGUUUUGUUUAAAUUGUAACUGCGGUAAGAUAUGGAAGGAAGACCGUUAGUUUGUA